AUGGAGAGAAAUGACACAUCAACCACAGAUUUUAUCCUCUUGGGUCUUUUCCCUGGCUUUCAACAUGUCAGCCUUCUGGUUUAUCUCAUCCUUCUGGUUUAUCUCAUUGCCUUAACAGGAAACUCUGUCCUUAUUUUCCUGAUCUGGCUGGACUUUCGCCUCCACACUCCCAUGUACUUUUUACUCAGCCAGCUCUCCCUCAUCGACUUGGCCUACAUCUCCAGCUCAGUUCCUAAGAUGGUUAUCAAUUAUUCCUUAGGAAAGAACAGUAUCUCCCGCGUUGGGUGUGGAGCGCAGAUGUUCUUCUGCCUGACUCUUGGUGGUGCUGAGUGUCUCCUCUUAACCCUUAUGUCCUAUGACCGAUUUGUAGCCAUUUGUAACCCUCUGCGCUACCCAAUAAUCAUGAGCCCCAAGGUUUGCUUCCAAAUGGCAGUGGUGUCAUGGGCUGGGGGUGCUCUAAAUUCACUAAUUCAAACCCUAUACACUAUGCAUUUUCCUGUCUGUGGACUGAGAGAGAUCAACCACUUCUUCUGCGAGAUGCCUGCCAUUCUGAAAUUAUCCUGUGAGGACACUUCGGCUUAUGAGAUGGAGGUGUGCGUGGUAAGUAUUGCAUUUAUCCUCAUUCCCUUUAGCCUCAUAAUGGCCUCCUACAUUCGCAUCUUCCUCACUGUUCUCAGAAUGAACUCUCCCGAGGGGAGAAGGAAAGCCCUGGCUACGUGUUCUUCCCAUUUAACUGUGGUGAGCUUCUUCUUGGGGCCAGGCAUUGUGGUCUACAUGACACCUGGCUCCUCGCACACACCAGAGCUCGAUCAAGCUCUCUCCAUUUUUUACACCAUCCUCACUCCCAUGUUGAACCCCCUCAUCUACUGCCUGAGGAACAAGGAAGUGGCAGAGGCUCUGAGGAAGGUACUAGGGAAAAGUCACGUAUCUAAAUAG